AUGGGCGGUUCGGUAUCCAAGAUUAUGGGGAAGAUUUUUGGCACGAAGGAGAUGCGGAUUCUCAUGCUGGGUUUGGAUGCCGCCGGAAAGACCACUAUCCUCUACAAAUUGAAGCUCACUAACCAGGACGUCACCACCAUCCCCACCGUCGGAUUCAACGUCGAGAGCGUCACCUAUAAGAAUGUCAAGUUCAACGUCUGGGAUGUCGGUGGCCAGGACAAAAUACGGCCCCUCUGGAGACACUACUACUCCGGCACACAAGGAUUGAUUUUCGUCGUCGACUCCAGCGACACGGCUCGGAUGGAGGAGGCUCGCUCCGAGCUCCACAAGAUCAUCAACGAUCGCGAAAUGAAGGACGCUCUUCUGCUGGUGUUUGCGAACAAGCAGGACUGUCCCGGACACAUGAGCCCCGAGGACGUGACCCAACAGCUGCAGCUGAACAAGCUGAAGGACAAGCUGUGGUACGUGGCUCCCAGUGUCGCCACGGAGGGCACUGGUAUCUUCGAAGGCCUGGCCUGGCUCUCCAACAACGUCAAGACGCAACCGGCGAAAUAA